UUCGGGAGCCAGAUUUUUUUCCUUUCCCCUGGCAGUCCCUUCCGCUUCCCCGGCUCCUGGCGUGACAUCUGCGGACCGGGGACCUGUAUGUGUGUGCGCGCCAAGGAGCGGAAGAAUGGCAGUGCUCAAACUCACCGACCAGCCACCAUUGGUCCAAGCAAUCUUCAGCGGUGAUCCAGAGGAGAUACGGAUGCUCAUCUACAAAACGGAAGAUGUGAAUGCUCUGGAUUCUGAGAAGCGAACCCCGCUUCACGUGGCUGCAUUUCUGGGAGAUGCAGAGAUCAUUGAACUCCUGAUUCUGUCAGGAGCUCGUGUGAAUGCCAAGGACAACAUGUGGCUGACCCCGCUGCACCGGGCUGUUGCCUCCAGAAGUGAAGAAGCAGUGCAAGUGUUGAUUAAGCACUCGGCUGACGUCAACGCGAGGGACAAGAACUGGCAGACCCCGCUCCACGUGGCAGCAGCCAAUAAGGCCAUCAAGUGUGCGGAAGUCAUCAUUCCCCUGCUGAGCAGCGUCAAUGUCUCUGACCGAGGGGGACGCACAGCCUUGCACCAUGCUGCUCUGAAUGGCCAUGUGGAGAUGGUUAAUUUACUCUUGGCCAAAGGGGCAAACAUCAAUGCGUUUGACAAGAAGGACCGGCGUGCUCUGCACUGGGCAGCUUAUAUGGGCCACCUGGAUGUUGUGGCGUUGCUCGUUAACCACGGCGCGGAAGUGACGUGUAAGGAUAAGAAGGGCUACACGCCCCUGCAUGCUGCGGCCUCCAACGGGCAGAUCAGCGUUGUCAAGCAUCUCCUGAAUCUGGGGGUGGAGAUUGAUGAAAUCAAUGUGUAUGGAAAUACGGCCCUCCACCUGGCCUGCUACAACGGGCAGGAUGCUGUAGUCAACGAGCUGACCGACUACGGUGCUAACGUGAACCAGCCGAACAACAGCGGGUUCACCCCGUUGCAUUUUGCUGCUGCCUCCACACACGGUGCUUUGUGUCUUGAACUAUUAGUAAACAACGGGGCGGAUGUUAACAUUCAGAGUAAAGAUGGUAAAAGCCCUCUGCACAUGACAGCUGUCCACGGAAGGUUCACACGGUCACAAACCCUCAUUCAGAAUGGAGGUGAAAUUGACUGUGUGGAUAAGGACGGCAACACUCCUCUCCAUGUGGCUGCAAGAUAUGGUCAUGAACUUUUGAUUAACACCUUAAUAACCAGUGGAGCUGACACAGCCAAGUGUGGAAUCCAUAGCAUGUUCCCCUUACAUUUAGCUGCCCUCAAUGCUCACUCUGACUGCUGCAGAAAGUUACUGUCAUCGGGCUUUGAAAUAGACACCCCAGAUAAAUUUGGAAGAACGUGCCUUCAUGCUGCUGCUGCAGGAGGUAAUGUGGAAUGUAUAAAACUCUUGCAGAGCAGCGGAGCAGAUUUCCAUAAAAAGGACAAGUGUGGGAGGACCCCUCUGCACUAUGCAGCUGCAAAUUGUCAUUUCCACUGUAUUGAGACAUUAGUGACCACAGGGGCCAGCGUUAAUGAAACGGAUGACUGGGGCCGCACCGCUUUGCACUAUGCUGCUGCAUCAGACAUGGAUAGAAAUAAGACUAUCUUAGGAAACGCCCAUGAAAAUUCCGAAGAACUUGAAAGAGCCAGAGAGCUGAAAGAAAAGGAAGCUGCAUUAUGUCUAGAAUUUCUGCUUCAGCAUGAUGCAAAUGCAUCUAUCCGGGACAAGGAAGGCUACAAUAGCAUACAUUAUGCUGCUGCCUAUGGCCACAGACAGUGUCUGGAAUUGCUUUUGGAAAGAACCAACAGUGUUUUUGAAGAGUCAGAUGCCGGUGCUACCAAGAGUCCACUCCACUUAGCUGCCUACAAUGGGCACCACCAGGCCUUGGAAGUCCUUCUGCAGUCGCUGGUGGACCUGGACAUCAGGGAUGAGAAAGGCCGCACUGCUCUGGAUCUGGCUGCCUUUAAGGGACACACAGAAUGUGUGGAAGCACUUAUCAAUCAGGGUGCGUCCAUCUUUGUGAAAGACAAUGUAACCAAAAGAACCCCACUUCAUGCCUCAGUAAUUAAUGGUCACACACUGUGUUUGCGGCUAUUACUAGAAAUUGCAGACAACCCAGAAGUGGUUGACGUGAAAGAUGCCAAAGGACAAACCCCGCUGAUGCUUGCAGUAGCAUAUGGACACAUUGAUGCUGUUUCGUUGUUACUUGAAAAGGAAGCAAAUGUGGAUGCUGUUGACAUCAUGGGCUGCACAGCUUUACACAGAGGGAUUAUGACAGGACAUGAGGAAUGUGUGCAAAUGCUGCUGGAACAAGAAGUGUCGAUUCUGUGUAAAGACUCCAGAGGGAGGACACCCUUGCACUAUGCGGCUGCUCGUGGCCACGCCACGUGGCUGAGUGAGCUGCUGCAGAUAGCACUUUCCGAGGAGGACUGUUCUUUCAAAGAUAACCAGGGCUACACGCCGCUGCACUGGGCUUGUUACAACGGUAAUGAAAACUGCAUAGAGGUACUUUUGGAGCAAAAAUGUUUUCGAAAAUUUACUGGUAAUCCCUUCACUCCACUGCACUGUGCAAUAAUAAAUGAUCACGAGAAUUGUGCAUCAUUGCUACUUGGGGCCAUAGAUUCCAGUAUUGUCAAUUGUAGAGAUGACAAAGGCAGGACACCACUUCAUGCAGCAGCAUUUGCUGAUCACGUGGAGUGCUUGCAGCUUCUUCUGAGACACAACGCUGAAGUGAACGCAACAGACAAUUCAGGGAAAACAGCACUGAUGAUGGCUGCUGAGAACGGGCAGGCCAGCGCUGUGGAUAUUUUGGUGAACAGUGCCCAGGCUGACCUGACUGUAAAGGAUAAGGACUUGAACACACCCUUACAUUUGGCUAGUAGUAAAGGUCAUGAAAAAUGUGCCUUGUUAAUACUUGACAAGAUACAAGACGAGAGCCUUAUUAAUGCAAAAAACAAUGCACUGCAGACACCCCUCCACGUUGCUGCGCGCAAUGGCUUGAAGGUAGUCGUUGAGGAGCUGCUAGCCAAAGGGGCUUGCGUACUUGCUGUAGACGAAAAUGGUCAUACCCCGGCCCUGGCUUGCGCUCCUAACAAAGACGUGGCUGACUGCCUGGCCCUCAUUCUGGCUACCAUGAUGACUUUUUCUCCUUCCAGUACCAUGACGGCUGUCAACUUCGUUUGUUUUAAAAAAGACAGUUUGAGCAGGACGACCCUCUCCAACCUGGGUAGCAUGGUUAGCCUGUGCAGUAACAACGUAGGCUCGGAGGAUGGGUACAAUGAAAAUGAUUCUGAUUCGGAAACAUUUUGACUUUGGACUGUAGAAGCUUUACCUUGAUCACCCAUGUUGGAGGAAGGGAAAGAAGCUUGAAUUCCAGGUUUAUGUUGUGUUCAAGUAUUAUUAUGGGCCCGAGCUUCCAGAAGCCAGUAGAGAAGGAAUUAAUUAAACCGCGGGAAGGCAGCUAGGCUGUAGGGCAAAGCACUCACACAGAUGGGCCUCGAUUUUGCUUUGUUUCAUAUUUUCCUUAGAUCUGAGAUACUUCUGUGAAAGUCUACCUCUCAUUUUAAGUAUGGAAUAAAAAAAUGCAUUUAAUUCUUUUUCUUUGGGGAUAAUGCAACUGAGAGGGAACUGUUCUAAAAGAUUUUUUUUCGUGUACUCACUCGGCAGUGAGUUCUCAGAAGUGUAUCAAUAUGACAUUCAUGUCGCCCAGCAGGGGAGAGAAUGGCUGGGUAGGAAAUGCCUCAAACCUCUUCUCACUUUGAUGUUUACUUCCUUACUAGAAGCCAAAGGUAGAGGUGUUCAUCUUCAGAAAUAAUGCCUUCAUCUUCAGAAAUAAUCUUUUUAAAGGAGUCCAAUUAUUCAUAUCCUCUCUAUAGUAAGCACUUAAAUAUCCAGAACUU